AUGGAUUGGAGAAAGCUUUUUGGGUGUCAAGCAAAUCAAGAGCUGACCUGUUUUCCCCUAAAUCAGAAUAGCGAAUCCCUAAUUGUUCAACCUCCUCCUGAGGUCUUUGAGGCUGGAAUGGCAGAGUGGAAGUCUUCUCUGGUUGGGCAGUUCCUAGGUGCUUCCCCAAAUUUCAUUACUCUGCAACGAACCAUCGAAAAGCUCUGGAAUCAUCCUGCACAAGGGGCUCGAGUACAGGUUAGUCUCGCUGGAAAUAAUCUGUACAUUUUCUCAUUCAGUUCUGAUUCAGCUAGGGACUGGGUCCUAGACAAUGACCUUUGGCAUGUUCUCCAUAAACCUUUAAUACUUAGGAAAUGGGAACCUAAUCUUCAAAGACUGAAUUUCGACUUAUCUAGAUUGCCGCUUUGGGUUCAUCUGUUUAAUAUUCCUCUUGAACUGUAUUCAAAGGAAGGCCUUAGUUACAUAGCCAGUGCCUUAGGAGAACCCAUUUCUAUGGACUCAAUCACUGCUUCCAAAUAUAGGCUAGAAUAUGCUAGGGUAUGUAUCGAGAUAGGGGCUAAAGAUGAUCUGCCCGAAUCUGUUGAAGUGAUGCUUGCAAAUGGUUCUAAAACUACUAUCUAUGUUGACAUCCCUUGGUUUCCUAAUAGAUGUAGGAGAUUUAACACUUUUGGACAUUCUGAUAAAGGAUGUUUUGUUAAAUCUUCCUCUGCUCCUACUACUACAAAAAUAUGGAGAAUAAAAAAUAACCAAAAUGACAAUACUGAUCAAACUCCUCAAGAAAAAUCAGAUUCCCUGCAUACUCCACUGUCUGAUCCUUCCCUGAAAAAUUCUCUGCCUGAAUCUUCCUCUUCAAUAGAACAGGAUGUUAUCAAGGGUAAAGAACAUGUUUUUGGAAAUAGAUCUUCUUUACAAACAAUUCUUUCUAAAAACGAUUCUAUGAUCCCUACUGAUUUGUCAAAUGAGGAUUCUAAAGCUCAGUCAUAUAUCCCUACUCCUAGAAAAGAUUCAUUUAUUGGUAAUCUACCUGAACUACUUCCUGAAACUACCCCCAAAAUAAAUGAUUCUAUCACUAUUCCUAAGCGAGGUAGAGGUAGGCCAAUUAAGAUCCCUACCAAAACAACUAUUAGAAGUUCAUCAAACAGAUUCGAAAUUCUAUCCACAGUGGAUGAAGUCUCACCUCCCUCUGAGAUUCAGCUCAGGAAAGCAAGGCCUGUUGCUGCUGGGGUUGCCAAACUCAUCAAAGAGCUCAAAUCUAAAAAGAAAUACCAUAUCACUGUCAAUGGCAGAAUCUGGAUUAUCUGGAAACAAGGCAUUGACCUUUCUUACUGCUUCUCUACUGAUCAGAGCAUUACUGUCAAAUGCCUCAACAAUAAUUCUUCUUUCAUUAUCACUUCCAUAUAUGGCAGUAAUAGUGAUUCCCAUAGAAGAUCUCUUUGGCAGCACCUUAAUUAUCUUGAAUCCUUAUAUGGAUCUCAACCUUGGAUUCUGGGAGGUGAUUUCAACACAUUCCUUCAUUCCAACGAAAGCUCGGACUCUCAUCUUCUUGGACCUUACUCUACCACUGAUAUGCUUGACUUCCAAGAAGUCCCUUUGAUCACAGUAUGGCUUUGGUCUGGACUUCUAAAGAGACUCAAACCAAUAGACCUAAGCCUUUCAAAUUCUUUAAUUUCUGGACCAAGCACCCAAACAUUCUUGAAGAAGUUUUUUCCUCCUGGCACAUUCCUACUCAAGAAUUCUUUAGAUAAAGAACUUAAUGUCCAAAAGGAGUUAACUGCCCUAGAGGAUAAUGAACUCAUGUUCCUUAAACAGAAAGCAAAGGUGAGAUGGAUUAAAGAAGGUGACAAAUGCUCUAAAUUAUUUCACACUGCUAUUGCCUCUAAACUCAAAAGAGAUACCAUUAGGGUUCUUAUCAACAAUGAGGGUAAAAGACUUGAGUCUUAUGAUGAUAUGGCAAAUGAGAUCAUUCAUUACUUCAAGAAACAACUAGGAACUUCUGACCCUAAUGUUCUUCCUUCUGAUUCUAAUUUCUUAAAAAACCUGCUUCGGUUUUCUCUGCCUUCUGAGACUGCUACUGAACUUACUAAAAUUAUUUCUGCUGAAGAGAUAAAAGAAGCUUUGUUUAGUAAAGGGAAUGACAAAGCUCCAGGCCCUGAUGGAUUCACUCCUAUGUUCUUCAAAAUCUCUUGGUCCGUGGUAGGAGAGGAUGUUGUCAAUACUGAUGGAUUGAAGCUUGUUACAGAGAAGCCAGAUACUCCAUAUAUUUUAAUGGAUCUCUUAUUGGAUUUUUUUAAAGGUCAGAGAGGAAUUAGGCAAGGAGACCCAUUAUCUCCUAUUAUUUUUGUCCUGGCUAUGAAUAUACUCUCUAAAAUCCUCAAUCUUGCUGCUGCUAGAGGAAUUUUUGGUUAUCAUCCAAAAUGCAAGAAGCUAGGAAUCACCCAUCUCUCUUUUGCUGAUGAUCUUCUAAUUUUUUGCAAAGGUAAUCUUGAGUCUAUUGUUGGUGUUUCCAGUGUUCUUAGCCAUUUCUAUUCCUUGUAUGGCCUUAAUCUUAACGUCAAUAAGACUGAUACCUUGGAGUUCCUUUGGUCACUAGGAAACUUACUGAAACAGACUUUCAUCCUUCCCCAUAAGGUUAUCAAUCGUCUUGAGCAGCUUUGCUCUCGUUUCCUAUGGAAAGGAUCCGAUAAAGCUGCCAAAGGAGCCAUGAUCAGCUGGAAUAGACUUUGCUGCCCUAAAUCUGAAUGA